CCGAGCCCACCUUGAGGCCGGGGCGGGGCGCCGGGCUGGCGUCACCAGGACAACGGGCGUCGCCGGCGCCGUGUGACUCCGGGCUGUGGGCGCGCUCGCGGCCAUGGUUUUCUCAAACAAUGAUGACGGCCUUAUCAACAAAAAGCUACCCAAGGAGCUCCUCUUAAGAAUAUUCUCCUUCUUGGAUAUAGUAACUCUUUGCCGAUGUGCACAGAUUUCCAAGGCAUGGAACAUCUUAGCCCUGGAUGGAAGCAACUGGCAAAGAAUAGAUCUUUUUAACUUUCAGACAGAUGUAGAGGGCCGAGUGGUGGAAAACAUCUCCAAGAGGUGUGGUGGCUUCCUUAGAAAGCUCAGCUUGCGCGGCUGCAUCGGCGUCGGGGACUCUUCCUUGAAGACCUUUGCGCAGAACUGCCGAAACAUUGAACACUUAAACCUCAAUGGCUGCACAAAAAUCACCGACAGCACGUGUUACAGCCUUAGCAGAUUCUGUUCCAAGCUGAAACACCUGGAUCUCACGUCCUGCGUGUCUGUUACCAACAACUCCUUAAAGGGGAUCAGCGACGGCUGCCGGAACCUGGAGUAUCUGAACCUGUCCUGGUGCGACCAGAUCACAAAGGAAGGCAUCGAGGCGCUGGUGCGGGGCUGCCGGGGCCUGAAAGCCCUGCUCCUGAGGGGUUGCACGCAGUUAGAGGACGAAGCUCUGACACACAUUCAGAACCACUGCCACGAGCUCGUGAGCCUCAAUCUGCAGUCCUGCUCGCGCAUCACUGAUGAGGGCGUGGUGCAGAUCUGCAGGGGCUGCCACCGGCUGCAGGCUCUGUGCCUCUCGGGUUGUAGCAACCUCACGGAUGCAUCUCUCACGGCCCUGGGCUUGAACUGCCCCAGACUGCAAAUUUUGGAGGCUGCCCGAUGCUCCCAUUUGACUGACGCAGGCUUUACACUCUUAGCUCGGAACUGCCAUGACCUGGAGAAGAUGGAUCUUGAAGAAUGUGUCCUGAUUACUGACAGCACCCUCAUCCAGCUCUCCAUUCACUGUCCCAAGCUGCAAGCCCUGAGCUUGUCCCACUGUGAGCUCAUCACCGACGAAGGGAUCCUGCACCUGAGCAGCAGCACGUGUGGGCACGAGAGACUGCGGGUCCUGGAGCUGGACAACUGCCUCCUCGUCACGGACGCUGCACUGGAGCACCUGGAGAACUGCCGUGGCUUGGAGCGCCUGGAGCUGUACGACUGCCAGCAGGUCACCCGUGCCGGCAUCAAGCGCAUGCGGGCCCAGCUUCCUCAUGUCAAAGUCCAUGCCUACUUUGCUCCAGUCACCCCUCCACCAGCAGUGGCGGGCAGCGGACAUCGACUGUGCAGAUGCUGUGUCAUACUCUGACAGCAGCUGCUUAGGCCAAGGGCCCCAUCUUCCAGGUUAGACCAGUCUCCUGACUGCACCACCAUCACCCAAUCUCGACUCUCCAUUGGGAAAGCAUUACAGGUAAAAGACUUGGGCACAGAUCACAGUAACUGGUGAUACCACUCACCUUAACCUUGGCUGGGCUGCAAGCAAAUCAAAGCCUGUGUCAGUUACCAUGUGGCAAGAGUGGUGUGGUGCAGCCAAGACCACACAAGUAACCCAGAGCCCUGCAGAGGUGGGCACCUGCCUAGGCACAGAGCCCGCGGCUUUGCCAGCACCCUCCAUAGACCGUCAGUGUUAGCACAACCUGAGCAGAGCAAGGGCCUGCCGUUCUCCACCUGAUCCUUACGCCAGUGGCCUACUUUAAUUCAUAACGACGCCUACUGUUUGCAGGACCUUUCCACUUUGAAGACUGAAUAGCACCUUGAUCAACGUGACCGCACUGCAAACUCAGAAUGGCUGGUAGUUUCCUAUGUAGAGACGUGUGUGAAAGGCAUGCUAACACAUUUCCAUAAGACACCAAAGAAACAGGACUUCCGAACCGGGUGGGGCAGCAUCUUCACCGGUCUGUUUGUGUCAGCUUGUCACAUCCAGUUCUAGAGACCAAAAACUAAACAAAAGCAACCUACUUUACACUGUCCCACUGGAAAUGAUAAGCCCUGCCACAUGCUACAGCAUACAGUGAAUUUUUGUUAAGAAAAAAAAAAAAGCCAAUUAUGUCCACACUUCUCAAAAAAAUUUGGGGGAACCUUGAAGAAAUAUAGAAUUAAGGCUUAAGUUAUCUAUAAUAUAAUCAAGUAAAAAUAAUGAAUGGGUGCAUGUAGAAUGGAUGUAUUUUUUUUUCAAAUUUACUGAAUUUUUAGAGAUCAUACCAGAACUAUAUUAAAGCUUCCCACAUGAAAAACUCAAACAAGUAACAUGUUGGCACCUUUAGAACUCCUAUCAGGCCCUUACAGUGCUCACUAGAAUUGGUCAGAGGCUUUACUGCUGUGAUGCUCAAGCUGGCAAAUCUGAGCAAAGCCACUUUCCAAAUGCAGGCAUUUCUCUAUUACCCGAACUAAAGUAGGAUGAUGCCCAGUCUUUUACUAUGGCUGCUGUCUGCUCCGAGCUGUCGACAUUUACCACCACCUUCAAUGUGACUUUAGGGGUUAAAGGUAGCUGGUAGGGGGUAAUGGAACCUUCCUAGCAAUCACUCCCCAGCCAAAACUGCAAAAAUGAGCUGUGUUUCUGUGGACAGGGUUACAGCCUCUAUACACGCUGCCCAGCUCCAUUUUCAGAAGGAAAGCAAGUACACACAUAUACGAUGGAAAUUCCUUAGGAGAAUCCUUGUAAGCAUUAGCUUACUGUGGGGUUGACUGCCUUGUGACAUGUUGCACUAUUCCCUGGUUUGAAGGCUAUAUGGAUAUCACAACAGCUAUUUAAGUAACUAUAAGGGGUGCGGGGGAGUGUGAAGUGUGUACUAGACUUGCUUUAGUGAUUCAUGAACUCAUUUCUAUUAAACAUCAGAGACAACCAUAUAUUUUUCUGAGCUAGAGUGCAGCCAAUCAUCGAUGUAGGACUUGGUGCUCAGUGACCACACCUUCACUCCCAGACUAGAAGAAGCUCUAGUCAGAAAGCCUGACUUGUCUUCUGUAAGGUGGGGUAGUUCCUGUAAUGUCACCUUUGUGGAAAGCAGCAGCAAAGAGAGGGCAGGGGCAGCCCACAGGGUGGCCUGAGAUGGCAGCAGUACAACUUUAGGUGUUAAAUGAGUGACACAUUUACAAAACAAUCAGAAAACAUUUAUUACACUCAACUGUACAUCCUAGUAACCAAAUAGCAAACUGCUGGUGCUGUGGGUUCUAUACAGUUUCACUGAGACAGACCAGCACUUUGUGCUGCUCAGCACAGUUUCAAGUCUGAGGAGCUUGUAAGUACUUUCACCCCACUUCUAAAACCUGAUAAGGAAUUCAAAAUAGCACACAGCAUUAAAUGACAUUUAUUGUUCCAUAAAUCAUGAGAUCCAAAAAAGAAAGCUAACAGACAAGCAAAACUCUAAAAACAAUUCAGAGAUAAAUUCGCUUCUUCCCCAAAUAAGUGACUGGUACAGAAAGCAUGUGGUCACAAGAGCAAAGGGAAGGGCAGAUGGGAGCGCUCCCCUCCUCAAGGGCUGCAGAGCCACGGCCCUACCAAGCCCAAGAUGAAAACAUGGAGACAGUUGAGUUUGUGGCAAAUAAUUAACCCCCAUUAUGAAUAAAACGCAAGACGUUAAAGCCGUUACCCACUGAAGUAGUCAUUCCUACCCACCUGAACAAGGGUCAGACAGACAUUCACAGCCAGCAGCUGAGCGAAUGGGCAGAGAUGCUACAUAAUUAAUUAAAAUGGAAAAAAGUUUUUUAAAACUCAGACCUGCCACAGGCCUCACAAAAUGUUUGCUGAUGAACUCUGGAGAGGUGGUGGUGGGGAGGGAAAAGGCCAAGACUCCCUUGAGAGUGGUGUGCGAGCACAUGUGAUCCUAUAAAGAGGCACACCUGUUACAAAGCAGCAAAGAUGCAGGACACCUUGACAGCCCCUAACUAAUCACCAGAGAGAUCCAUGAUUGUACUGAAACUCAGCAUCCGAGGGGAGGAGAGGGGUUAUGGUACAUUUUAGUGUCUUGUUGUGACAUCUAGUGUUUCCAUGGGUACUUGUGUCUCAUUCAAAACAAAGAUCCCUUUAACACCAAGUCAGAAGUUAUCAACAAUAAUACUUUGUUUCCCCUGUCACAUCACCUAGUUCUAAUGUCUGGGGAAGGGCUUUAAACAUGUUUAAGAACGGAGCUAGGCACAAACAAGUGAGUGCGCACCUGGAGUCCCAGCUACUUGGGAGGCUUAAGUGUGUAUGGGGCGGGGACAGGAUGGAGAAUGGGGAGAUGAGAAAAGGAAAUCACAUGAGUUUCAAAGGCAACGGGGUUUUAAAUGGUGAAAUCUGGAAACUAAAGGCUAAACAUGGAAGCAAAAGCCGAACACCCAAGUCUUUGUACCUAUUAGGGUUUACACUGACCUCACAGCAAGGUACUGCGGAUAGCUUGCUCAUCUCCUCUGCUUGGCUCUUCCCUGGUCUGGCAUGAUCCCCUUGGAUGCACACCUUCAGACACGAUCACUUCUGAGAAGGUGCUCAGCCUCUUACCUGACCAAUGCCGCCGUGUCUGCAACACAGCUCCCCCAAGAACACACCCUAUCUCCGCCCCAGGUCAGCUAAGGGUCAGGCAACAAAAGCCAGACUGGCACAGAAAGGGAAAUGCCCACGGCUGAGUUUUUACAUUCAUUUCAAACCGCUACAGUGUCAAAUAGCCAGCAGAGACUGCUUCGGGAACUCUGGCCGCUGGCCCUGCUAGGAAAGUGGGCACUUGUGCCCACGCCGUGGCCGGGAGCUGGUUGCACGUUGACUGAUGUGCUCACUCUCAUGAGGGUACUGGGCUGUGGCAGUGACAAUGAGGAGACUUGUCUCUCCUACAGCUCAUUAGGAAGGUCCUCUUGUGUUUUCAAUAUGAAACAUUUCACAGUAAAAUCCAAUCCCAAGACUUCUUGGAUUCAGUCUUCACACACUUUUAAGCAUGACUUUAUUUGGUACUGAAUAGAGUUCAGUCUGUAUAAGGUAUCACUUCAAAAUUAUGUGAAUACCAUCAUUAUUUUCAGCUGCCAAAAAAAAAAAAAAAAGGGAAAAAGUUAAAAAAAACAAACUAAACUUAGAAAAGAAACUGAAUUAAAGAUGGAAAUGUACAAUCUGCUUCCGAGUUGCCAGCUUGAUAAAAAGCUAAUUGCUUUGCUUUGCUCUGGCUCUGCUUCCCGGGGACAACUCCAUGUACACAUCCCUGGGCCCCCGCCCUGCACUGCUUGCCCUACAGGGACGAGCCUGGGAGCACAGCAGCAGGUAGCCUGUAUGCUGGGUGUGCACUAGAUGUACACUAGGCCAGAGCACUGUGCGAGGGCAGAGCUGAGAAGGCCCUGCACCCGACGGGCGGGCAGCCUGCAUCUCCCUUUCCUGGAAAACUGAAUCCUCAGAGGCAGAUAUCUAGUAAGACUGCCUAAUGGCCUCAGAAAACUGUGAGAUGCAGUGAAGGCGUUCCUAAAAACAGAAAUGGAGGUUUUCAUGUGGACGAAGUCUCACUAACAGUAAACUAAGACUGGAGAGAAGUCUUGUAAGGACUAAUUCUGUAAACGGCCACGAGUUUCACAAGAUCCAAGUAUGUGACUAAGCAUGGGUUUCUGGGUUUUCUGGAAUUUUGUAAGAUAAAAGCUAUACAGUUUUGAAAUUACAGCUGUUUCUGCACAUGACUAACAAGUGAGCCAGUUCACAGCUGCUUUAGAUCUGCAGGGGGCUUGAUGGCCAGUGGCAUAUAUCACCAUCGGGUAUAAAAAGAAAUUGUCACUUCAACCCUUUUGGGCUGCUGCUUUGCAGUGAUUACCAGAAAAGGGGGACGGGAGACCUUGUCCUCUUCUGGGGGAGAGGAGUCUGGGCUGAGGCCAUCUUAACCCGGGUCUGCCUUCACGAACCCCUUCCCUCUCUAACUGUACUCUGGAGCUCACUUGACCUGGACCUCUUCCCACACUGCUCCCUCAUCAGCGCUGUACAGCCUGCCAAGCUCUGACAUCCAGACAGUCUAAAAUAGCACCCCAAGCCCACGGCACCUCAGAGUGGUACAGUUAGCUGCCUGCUUGACAUACCAAGUUGUUUCGCAUCAACCUUACUUACCUCUCUGAUGAGGCGGUCACCUGCCUGGCAAUCACAACUACUCCCCAUCAAACAGGGAGCCCAGUGAGCUCUGUCCACAUGUCCAUACACUCCCACUACCUCUGGCCUAGACAGACUGCCUACCUUCCAGUUUUACCAUCUUGUUAUUUCCACAGUUGUAGAAAAAACCCCAACCCCAUUAUUCCUUUGUUUAACCCACUUCACUAACUUCCCACCCCAUCUGAAGUAAGAUUCAGUGACCAUCAUCACCAGCCAUCACUGUAAGCCAGGGCCUGCUUCUCUCCCUGACCCCACUCUCCUCUGCUCACCCUCACCCUACAUGGCAGCUGCAUGGCCUUCUUCCAGGCCUCACAGAAGCCAAGUGCAUUCUUCUGCACAGUCCCACGCCGCCCUUGGGCUAGUCCCGUGGCCAGCUCAUUUUUCAGAUCACCUCAGAAAAGCCUUCUGUAACGGCACUCCAUGCUUCCCCUUCCCGGUUAGCCCCACACUAUUUCUUCACAGCACCGAAUACUGGUCAUCUGCUGUGCCUGUGGCCAAGUCUGACUUUCCCCACUGUCCUUGUUUCAUUCAAGCACUAGCACUAACAGUCUUGGAUGUGACGCUCAGCAAACACUGGCAGAAUGUCAUCUAGAAAAAUCAACCCUUUCUAUAUCUACUAGAUAAUUUCUAUUAGAAACACUAAAAUUACUGCUCAUCCAUGUUCCAACUCCUUAAAAUUAGCUAAGACAUCGUUUUCAAGAAUAUUUACACAUAGCUAGGCAGUGGUGGCACAUGCCUUUAAUCUUAACAUUCAGGAGGCAGAGGAGGCCAGCCUGGCCUUCAGAGCUAGUUCCAGGACAGCCAGGGGUACAAAGAGAAACCCUGUCUGGAAUAAACAAAAACAAAAAAAAAUAGAAUAUGCGCACACAAGAGAGCUGCUAUCAGGGGCACACUGUCCUUCAUGAUCACAACAUGCCAAGGCACACAUACAUGGAAAGUACCUUUCACUGUGGAGAAUAAAAAACAACUCUCGUCUUGAAAGUUCUGAACCAUCUAGAAAGAUAAAGCAGACGUGUAAGUAUAUAAGACCCACCAGUUCUUAAGUAACCAUACACGGUUAAAUCUGUGGCUAAAGGACUACAACACAAUCCUUACAUCUUUCUUACACAAAUAUAGGAUCCAGACAAUCCAUGAUGGCAGUAUGAGAGAGUCCAAGUUUACACCUGUUACCCUGGAGCAACUGAGGAGAAUGCUGUGCCAGGUCCUACGGAUACCGACUUAAAGAUUAUGCAGACUGUUUCCUAUUAUUACUGCCUGUCAGUGAACAUAGCUUGAGCAGGGGGCAGGCUGUACUUGUAAUAUUACAUGUUUUAAAAAUACCGUUCUUCCAAUAAUGUGUAAAAGGAGAAUAUAUCUAAUGCCUCACCCCCCAGGAAGGACAGAAGCCCGUCACUGACCUUAGAGCCCCCAAAAGUCUGCUUUCCUCGACUAUCCCUUCUCUACUAAGAUGCUCUAACUCCUGGUUAUAAACUCUUACACAUUUUGAUCCCAGCUCUUUAAAAAUGACUAUCAAGACUUGCAAAAGAAGUCAGCAUUUGUUACAGUUCCAACAAUGCAGACCAGUGCCAAUGGGACAGGAAGUGACUACUGCCUGUUUGAUUUACCUGGUCACUAACAAGAAUGUGGAUACCAGUGGGGCCCUGUCUGUAAACCUGGUUAAUUUGGUGGAAAGGAAUAUUAAACACCGAGGCAAGCUUUCGAGCAACUUCUGAGGCAACCAUUUCUUCCAAGUAGAUUGCAUGAUAAACUGGAAAAAAGAAAAAUAGCACUUUAACAAUAAUAUUUGAUCUGAUCUAUGCUUGAACUAUACAGUCACCCUUUUCAAAGUGCCAAAGUAAUAAAAUGCAAACUAGAAAUAGGGACAAGGUAACAUUUCUUUGCCCUCUUAAGAUCUCUACCCACUUAUUUGAAGUAAAGAACACAUUAUUUAUGGUCAUGUAUAAUAAAUACUAAUCCUGUACUAUA